AUGGAGAAGAGCAUAGUCGCUCUAGGAGCCUCUCGUGGUGACCCUCGCACCCCCGUCUUUGAGGGGUGUUCUCCCUCCCCCCUCUUGCCCUCUGUUGCCUCUGCUGCUGCGGCUGACCUCGUUGGUUUCGAGUCGGUCGGCGCUGCGUCUGCCCCGAGUGGGAGACGCCGCACCGGCAAGGAAAAGGGGGGCAAGGGCACUAGAGGGGGUGGAGGGGGCGGUGGAGGUGGUGGUGGAGGCAGUGGAGGGAGUGAGGGUGGUGGUGGGAGUGGUGCCGAAGGUGGUGGCGGCGGCGGCAGCAGUGGAGGCGGCGGAGGCGGUGGAGAUGGCAGAGGGAGCGGAGGCGGCGGAGGUAGUGGAGGAGGCGGAGGUGGAGGAGGCGGCGGAGGCGGCGCCGGUGGAGGUGGCGGUGGUGGAGCCAGUCGCGACUCUGCACCGAGGAGUGGCGCCGGUGGUGGUCAGCGCCAGCAGCAGCAGCGGAGUGGUGUGACCAUGUCCCCUCAGCAUCUUCGCAUUGAGGCUGCUACGCUAGGUGCUGGUGAGGCUGCUGCUCUAGGCGCUUGUGCGUCUGCCGCCCCAGGUGCUGGUGAGUCUGCUCUCUCAGGUACUACGUGGGCUCAGGCCUUCCACACCUUCACACUGGACUUGGGUGUGUCCCGCUCCUUCUUUCGAGACCGCACCACUCUUACGCCGCUCAGUCGGCUGGUUGCAGUCUCCCUGGCAGACCCCUCUGGGGGUCUUGUCCUUGCUAGCUUCUCCACUGUCCUUCCGUGCCCUGCAGCCCCCUUUGGCACUUUGUCUUGUCUCUACCUCCCCUCGUUCUCUACGAACUUGGUGAGUGGAGCGGACCUACACGAUGGAGGGGUUGACCAGUUCACUCCUGCGAGUCAGCGAGCGACCCACUACACGUGUGCUCGGAUAGGACGACAAUUGGCCACAUUCACCCGUCGGCCAGGGUCGAGCCUGUACACCCUUACUGCUGAGUCUCCUCCUACUACUGAGUCUGCCCAGGUAGCUGCGUCGAUCUCUGGUCUUCCUCCAUCUCUCCCUCCCCCUCCUCCGGGGCCUGGCCCUACCUGCGUCCCCUGCGUUGAGGGGCGACAGCGCGCCGCCCCUCACUCGUCCGAGUUUCCUCCGAGAGAGGCUCCGCUGCAGACUCUUCACAUUGACGUGUGGGGCGCCGCCCGCGUCCAUGGCCAGGGUCUCGAGCGUUACUUCCUGAUGGUGGUUGAAGACUACUCGCGUUACACCACGCUGUUCCCCUUGCGCAGCAAGGGUGACGUUGCUGAGGUGUUGAUCGACUGGAUCUCCGCAGCUCGUCUCCAGCUCAGAGAGAGUUUCGGCUCGGACUUUCCUGUUCUGCGUCUGCACUCGGACAGAGGCGGGGAGUUUUCCUCUGCCCGUCUGGGAGCCUUCUGUCGGGCACAGGGCAUCCGUCAGACCUUCACCCUUCCGACCUCUCCACAGCAAAAUGGGAUUGCUGAGCGCCGCAUUGGCAUGGUCAUGGACGUCGCGCGUACGUCCAUGAUGCAUGCGGCUGCCCCCCAUUUUCUAUGGCCGUUUGCGGUUCAGUACGCCGCGCAUCAGCUCAACCUUCAGCCCCGGGUCUCCUUGCUAGAGACCUCCCCCGCCUUGCGGUGGACCGGAAAGGUUGGCGAUGCGUCUGCGUUCCGGGUCUGGGGAUCUCGGGCGUUUGUCCGCGACUUGUCUGCGAACAAGCUGUCUCCCCGUGCUGUUCCUUGCGUCUUCCUUGGCUUCCCCCCUGACGCGCCUGGCUGGCGGUUUUACCACUCCACCACACGUAGCGCAACACCCUCUUCGCUGCAGCCAUGUGCUCUGGUUGGUGUCUCCCAGGAGCAACAUAGCGUGCCAAGCUGCUAA